CAGUCUAUUAACAGCGAUUCAACAACUUACUUGAAAUAUUAAAGCAAAAUAUAGUAAAUCAGGAACUUACAAAAAACAUGAAUUUAAGAAAAUUAGGAUUAGCAAUUUUUAUAAUUUUAAAAUUGGAAAAUUUUACAGAAGCCCUUCGAUGCUACUCAUGCUCAAUAACAGCCGCAAAUACAGACAUGAAGUGCUUGAAUGAUCCUGUCAGUGUUGAAGGACAAAGUGUUGUAAAUUGUAAUAAGAAGUAUUGCACAAUAUUGAGACAGGAACUGAUGGACCCACCAGGCAAAAUCAACACAUUUGUCAGAGGCUGCGAAGAAAAGCCAAUUCUACUCGACGAAGUCAUUGAAGAUCCAACCUUCAAAACUUAUUACCGCUCAUGUUCUGAAGACCUUUGCAAUAAAGGAGAUGCGAUUAAAUCUCAAACGGAACUGAAAAUAUCACCAGAUGGAUAUGAAGGAGAGAAUCUUCUUGUGCCUGGAUUACCGUUAAAUGGAAGUGAAUUUGUUGCUGGAAGUUUAAAAUUGAUUUUCGUUGGAUUGAUCUUGACUUGUUUUGUGGUGAAAUAAAAAUUAAUUUAAUCAAAAAUAAUUUGAAUUUUAUUCUUGGAAAUCU